AUGUCGGAGUCAUUACCUUCAAUCCCGGAAUUUUUCGCCGGUCGGCAAGUUUUUCUCACUGGAGGGACUGGAUUUAUGGGAAAAGCACUGGUUGAGAAGCUUUUAAGAUCUUGUCCAGAAAUUGAUAAAAUUUUCAUGUUAAUUCGUCCAAAGAAAGGAAAAAAACCUGCAGAUCGUGUGAAAGCUUUUGCAAAGGAUGUGCUUUUUGAGACACUUUUGACUGCAAACCCGAACGCACUCCAAAAAAUUGUUGCAAUCGAAGGAAAUGUUCAAGCAGUUGGCUUAGGAAUCUCAGCAGAAGACUUCGCUCUUUUAGAAAAUGUCUCGAUUGUCGUUCAUGCGAGUGCAAGUGUGCGUUUUGACGAUCCCCUGAGAGAAGCGAUCCUCACAAAUGUUCGAUCAACGUACGAAAUGAUCCAGUUGAGCAUGAAACUGAAGAAACUUGAUGCUUUUGUGCACAUUUCGACGGCUUUUUGCAAUGCAGACUUCAGAAAAAUUGAAGAAAAAAUUUAUCCAGCACAUGGUGAUUGGCGUGAUGUAUUAAAAUUAGCAGAAAGCUCUUUAGAUGAUGAAACAAUCAACAUAUUGACGGCGAAGUACAUGGAUUUCCUGCCAAAUACUUACCUUUUUACGAAGGGAUUAGCUGAGAAUAUUUGCAACGAUUUUAAGGAAAAACUUCCGAUCAUCAUUUAUCGUCCUGCGAUUGUUACGGGAGCUGAAGUGGAACCUCAUCCAGGUUUUACGGAUAAUUUUAACGGAAUUAUGGGUCUUGCUGUCGCAACAGGACUGGGCAUUCAACGGAGUCUCUAUUGCUUAAAAGAUGCCGAGCUAUUUUGUACGCCUGUUGAUACUUCAGUUCGUGGCAUUAUAAGCAGCACCUGGCGAAAAGUCUUGAAUGAACCAAAAAAUGAGCUGGCAAUCUAUAAUUGUUCAAAUGGAACAACUUCAAUUAACGAAAUUAUGGAUAUUUGUCUUCAUUUCAUUCGAUACCAUCGACCAUUUAUAAAUUUUGUUUGGACUCCUGUUGAACCGGCAACAGCUUGUCGCUUCUAUGAUUCAAUCUGUGCGGUUUUCUUACACUUUUUACCGGCAUUUGUUGUGGAUUUCCUUCUUGUCAACUUGGGUAACCAAAAACCGAUUUUAUUGAAAGUUCAACGAAAAAUCCGUCAUGCUCAACUAGCAUUGCGAUAUUUCAUAACCAAUAAAUGGGAAAUUGUUAAUGAUAAUUAUGCUUCUCUCACCUGGAGUCUUAAGGAAUGUGACAAAAAAUCCUUUGAAACAUCGAGUGCCGCAAUUUACAACAGAAACAAAUACAUCAUUGACCAAGUUAUUUUUUGUCGGCGAUACUUACUGAAACAAUCAGAUGACACAAUUCCCGAGGCAAGGGCUCGCUUUUGGCGCUUUUUCAUAAUUGACAAACUCUUGCGGCUUGGAUUAAUUUUACUUGUCAUUUAUUUGAUGUUGAAACACGCGUUUAACAUUGACUUGUACGCAAAAUUGUGA